AUGAAUCCAUCAACACCUGAAUUUCAAUAUUCUUUUAUUCCAUAUGAAAUAUCAUCUAAAAUAGUUAGUUACUUGAAUACCUGGAACAAGCAACAUGAUUACCCUUGGCAGUACAAUCGUGAAGAUAAUGAAAUUGAGAUGGUUUUAUUUGUUUCUAAUAAUCUUAAAACGAGAGAUUCUGAAACCCAGGCCAUUUUUAAAAAGGAUAGGUUUUAUUCAGUUGGCAAAAAGAUUGUGUCUAGGUAUUAUGGAGUUUCAACUGGCUUGACUAUUUUUAAUAAAGUUCCUAAUUCGAAUAAAUGUCUGUUGAUGAUUUCUCUGGUUGGAGUUCCUCAAGAAUUAUCUCAAGUAGUAGAAGAUGACGAGAAUGCCGUAUUGAAUAUUUUGAUAGAUAAUUAUGUUGGCCAAGAUCUUGAUUCUGAUAUUAAAGUUAUAUUUCAGUACUUAAAUUCUUGGUUUAUAAGUUUAAAAAGUAUAAUUCAUUCGUUAGAUUUGUUUAUUUUUGUUUUAGGACAAUUGAAAGUUAUUAAUAAUGAUUUUUACAUAUACACGAAAGAUAUUAAUUGUAUUAGUACCCAAUCUUUACUGAGGAGAAAUUCUGAUGACAAAUUAUACAGUUUAUCAAAAAAUAUUAAUAAGGCCUGGUCAAAACUUAUUGCCACUCAUUGUAAUAUUAUUGAAAAUCAAAGAGAAUCUUCUGAAGUUGGAAUAUCAUCUUCUGUAGUUUUAAAUAAUGAAAAUACCUUUUCUUCAAAAUGUGUGAAAAUUGAACUUGCUAAUAAGUCUAUAAGUGUUUUUAAUGGUGUUAAAAGGAGUAAUGAUAAGAUUAACAAAACUGAAGCAAUGGCUAAAAGAGGAAGGCAUAAGAAGAACAUUUGUAAUGAUAAGAAGGGAAAGGGUUACGUGAGCAGAUUUUUACAUAAUACUUCAAAAUUAAAUAUUGACAGUAGAGAAGAAUAA